UUUCCAGUCACGUGACUUACAGCUGUCUCAACGUCACAGCAGUCGUCGGUCUGGAUAAUUCCACAUGAGCGAAAAAUGGCGUUCACAUUCGCGGCCUUUUGUUAUAUGCUGGCGCUACUGCUGACGGCGGCGCUUAUCUUCUUCGCUAUUUGGCAUAUAAUUGCAUUUGAUGAGCUGAAGACGGACUAUAAGAAUCCUAUAGACCAAUGUAACACGUUAAACCCGCUCGUCUUGCCGGAGUACCUCAUCCAUGUGUUCUUCUGCGUAAUGUUCCUGUGCGCCGCAGAAUGGCUGACGCUUGGACUCAACAUGCCCCUGCUGGCCUAUCACAUCUGGAGGUAUAUGAGCCGCCCUGUGAUGAGUGGACCUGGAUUGUAUGACCCCACUACAAUAAUGAACGCAGAUAUUCUGGCAUACUGUCAGAAGGAGGGCUGGUGCAAGCUUGCAUUCUACCUCCUCUCAUUCUUCUACUAUCUUUACGGAAUGAUCUACGUUUUGGUGAGCUCCUAAACUGGAUAGAGCUGGAAAGCAUAUAUGGAAGCGUUUGAGAUGCUGAUUUUAAAACCCAAAUGGAGCUGAAUUUGGACUCUGCCAUCUCUCUCAGUUCUGCUCAGCUGUUUCAAAUGGACAUUGACUUUAUUUACUCCUCAUUGGCAAAGAACGAUCCAGGAAUCAAGCAGCCUGCAUAACUCCAGAACCACACAUGCAAAAAUAAAUGAUUACCAACUCUUUAGUACAACCUCUUUAGACUUACACAUGCCGCACCAAUGCCAAAGCACUUCACACACUGAGAGCAUUAGUAGAUGAGAGGAAACAGUUCGUGUCCAAAGCAGAGGCACAAGGACUUCAACACUAUACCACUGAUGGAUAUGUGCAAAGAUUUUACUCUUGUGUUUUCAAACUGUAGGACAAAAUAAAGAUCUUGAUUGUAGCAUUUUUACAGACUUCUUUUAUCUUAUAUAUAUAUUACUGCCUUGUAGCUCAGUCAGUUCUUUAAUUUGUUCUUCAGAGUCGUGUGCUGCUUUGGUGGUUCAUGAUCUUGUAAGUCCAUGAAAUUGAACUCAUGAUGGUGGUCUGCUUCAUGUUGAUGGUUCUUAUCAGAAGAAUGCUCCAUUUCAAGUGUGUCAAAACCACUGUUUACUGUCUUGCUGGUCACAAAUGAGAACUGAUGCUUUCAGUGUGUUGAAGGCUUUACUUUGCUCAUACACCCCGGAAAUACUCCACAUAUAACUUUUUUUUUUUUUGCUUUUAAAUUUAUUUUUGUGUGCAUUUUGUAUUUCUAAGUGUAAUUUUUUUCUGGUUUUGUUUUACUUCCGUUAUGUUUUUGUGAGAUAGAGAUGAGUGUGGACACUGUUUUUAAUAUUUUUGGUUUGAUGUUGGCAUGAUCUCAGUGUGCCAAGAUGCCAUUUUCUUUUAGCCUGUCCCAAAUCCCAGAGGCUUCAGUCCUGAAGUGAUGCUGUAGAGUUUGCAUCUGGAUUCAGAGCAGAGCUGUGUGGAAGGAUUCUUUACCACACUGACAGUUGUUCAUAAUCACCAAGCUGGACCACAAAGGUGAUAUGCAGAGUAAUAGGUUAUUUUUGAUUUAAUUUAAAUGUGAUUUAGAUUUUUUUUCCUGUUUGCUGUUUCCCCUGUGUGUGUGAAUGUAAUAACGUCUUGCAAGAGCUGUAGUAAAUUCUUUUUGUCUUUUUGGCAUGUCAUAUUGUUUUAAAGUUCCCAAUAAAGCCCACCACAGACAAAUCAUGA